AUGUCGACGGCGCCGUUGUUUUCGAACGAGGUGCUGGAGCACGUCAACAAGCAGCUUGCCGACCUGGAGCCGGCAAAGAUCAUUGAGUGGGCGAUUUUGACGAUUCCUGGCCUCUAUCAGACCACAGCCUUCGGCCUAUCGGGUCUGGUCACGCUGGACAUUAUCGCCAAAACCCACCCCGAAAAGUCACCUGUCGAUUUGAUUUUCAUAGACACUCUGCACCAUUUCAAGGAAACGCUGGACCUGGUGGAAAAAGUGAAGCAGGCCUACCCCCAGACCGCCCUGCAUGUGUAUCGUCCAGAAGGAGUGGCCACAGAACAAGAAUUUGCCGAGCGGUACGGAGAAAAGUUAUGGGACGAAAACGAACUGUAUUAUGACUACCUGGUGAAGGUAGAGCCUGCCGAUCGGGCCUACAAGGAUUUCAACAUCAAGGGGGUGUUCACUGGACGCAGACGCAGCCAAGGAGCGGCUCGCAUGGAUCUGCCUAUUGUUGAAGUUACGGAUACCGGGCUGAUCAAAAUCAACCCGCUGGCGAACUGGUCGUUCCAGCAGGUGCAGGAGUACAUCAACUCCAACAAUGUACCCUAUAAUGCGCUUUUAGAUCGCGGUUAUCGAUCGGUUGGCGACUACCACUCCACUGAACCGGUCAAGGAGGGUGAAGACGAAAGGGCUGGCCGCUGGAAGGGCAAGGCCAAAACUGAGUGCGGCAUCCACGAUGUACAGCGCUUUGCUGAGCUUCGCGAAAAGCCAUCAUCCGCUUAG